AUGAAAUACCAACUCUUUUUGGCUGCUCUUCUCUUGGAUGGUCAGAGCUUAGCGGCACCCUCCGCUAGAAAGAAUUCUCAUCCGUCUGUUGGCUCCCUCGGUUCCCUCCGGGUCCUGCAUUACAACAACCUUGGCCCCCAGAACAAUGGCACUUCGGUGGUGCUGGUACACGAUCGACUGAGCCACGAAGACUCCAUUUCAAAGUGCGCUGCUAUCGGCGAGAAGGUCUAUACCUGGCCAUCUGAGAAGUGCGAUGAUGAAAGAGAACUUCAGUAUCAAUUGAACUAUCUUGUGUUUGCCAAAGACCUUCGGCAUGAUGACUUCUUGUGGAUUUCGACCAACAACGACGGAAACCAUUGCUCAGCCUACUCACCUCUGCACAAGAAGAUCAUUAAAACAUCUUGCAAAGAGAAGCUGCCAACUCUCUGCACAUCGACGGCGCCUCCAACGACCGACCUCGACCGAACCCCCAGAAACAAUACCAAGCUUACUGUGGAAACAAAGGGACAUGCGAUCACUGGUUAUCGUGAUGCACGAUCUUUCCGGUUCCUCGGCGUACCUUUUGCAAACCCGCCAGUCAAGAACCUGCGCCUUGCACCGCCACAUGCUUACACCGGACCAAAGAAGCUUGAUGCAACUAGCAUGGCAGACUCUUGUAUCCAGUCGGUCUCGAGCUUUGGAACUUUAGGCUCUGGUGGCAUCUCCGAAGACUGCCUAUACCUCAAUGUCUACACUCCAUUCCUACCCAUGAAAGUUACAAACAAGACUUCCCUGCGUCCUGUGGCUGUAUACAUAUACGGAGGUGCUUUCACAAAGGGAAGUGCUGCCAUGAUUGAUUAUGAUGGUGGCAACUUUGCGAGUCGCAGCGAUGUGGUAGUUGUUACACUCAAUCACCGCGUCGGGGCAUUGGGAUUCCUUGCUACCGGAAAUAAGACAACCGGAAGCUACGGCAUCUAUGAUCAGAUCAUGGCGCUGAAAUGGGUCAAAAAGCACAUCUCUGCCUUCGGUGGUGAUCCUACCCAUGUGACUAUUUUCGGACAAUCUGCUGGAGGCCAGAGUGCCGUGGCUCUUAUAUCAUCGACUGCCGCAAAGGGUCUCUUCUCUGGGGCCCUUGUACAGUCAGCUCCACUGGAUCUUCCAUGGUUCCCUCGCGGGCUGUACUCCGACUAUAUCGCCCCAGAGGUUGGAAAAGCCGUUGGUUGCAACGACACCACAUCCGAAUCAAAAUUCCUCAAAUGUCUCCGAUCCGUCCCGGCAUCGCGAUAUCUUGAUAACUCCACUGAGUUUCAGAAUGCCACCAAGGCAAUUGCUUCUGCCAUUGCCAAUCACUACUACCAGAACACAGAAUUGCUCUCUGCUACAGAGCCAUUCAUGCCCAUGGUAGAUGACUCGGGAUCUGGAGUUAUCAACGAUCAAUUCCACACCCUCCUCCGCAAUAAAGAACUGCCUAUUCACGUCCCAACCAUGUUCACUACUGUCCGUGAUGAGUCAAGCCUCUACACGGGACGGCAAGUCCCCAAUAUGGGCGCAAAUCAGCUUGCACUUGAUGUCUUGCUCAACGCGACCUUUGGCAGCACACUGGGCUCUAAGAUGAUAUCCUCUGAUGCUUUCACUGUGAAUCGCUCCGACUCGGAUGGUGUACGAAAUGCCGCGUCUGAUGCUUUGACACACAGUGAGUGGACAUGUGCACAAGGUCAUCUUCUCAACAUCUCUGCUUCGGCCUUCCCCUCGCUUUACGAGGUCGAGAUUACGGAUGGUCACAUUCAGACUAACGUCAGUGUGCCCGAAAUCUGCUCGCCCAACAAAGUUUACAAUGCCUCCUGUCACUCCUCGGACGUACUGCUUGCGUGGGGUACCUUGAAUUCCAAGACGAAGAACGUGAGCCCAUACUACAACGAAAAGGAUAUUUUGCACUCGCAGUUUAUUCAUGAUAUCUUUGGUGCCUUCUUCCGCACCCGCAACCCAAAUCCAGAUCUUGACUUCUUGAGAAUCAGAGGCCCUGCUUAUGCCCACACUCUUGCGGUUGUUGGUGGAAACUAUACUGGAUCUCACGGGAACCAUGGAAAGCAUGGCUAUGUUAUCGAGCAGUACCAUGGUUCGGCGCAGAACUUGUCACUCCUGGGAACAAUCCCGUCAACCACGUCCAACUAUGCGAGCUCGGACAAGUGUUCUGUUUUCCAGGAUUAUGGCUUCACAUUCCAAAGAGCACAUCUCACUGAUUAA